AUGGGAUUUCUUUUCACCUCCGAAUCUGUGAACGAAGGACACCCGGAUAAGCUCGCGGAUCAAAUCUCCGACGGCAUUUUGGACGCGUGCCUCGAGCAAGACCCUGAUUCCAAGGUCGCGUGCGAGACCGCGACGAAGACCAACAUGGUGAUGGUCUUCGGUGAGAUUACCACCAAGGCGAAGGUUGACUACGAAGCCGUCGUCCGUCAGGUGUGCCGCGACGUCGGUUUCAUCUCCAACGAGACGGGUCUCGAUGGUAACAACUGCCGCGUGCUCGUCGAGCUCCACGACCAGUCCCCGGACAUCGGUCAAGGUGUGCACGGUAUGGGUACCAAGUCCCUCGAGGAGAUCGGUGCCGGUGACCAAGGUCACAUGUUCGGCUACGCCACGGACGAAACUCCGGAAUUGAUGCCGCUCACGCACGUUUUGGCGACCAAGCUUGGCCACCGCCUCACCGUCGUCCGCAAGGAUGGCACGUGCCCGUGGGUGCUUCCGGAUGGUAAGACCCAAGUCACCAUCGAGUACGAAAACGAGGGUGGUGCCAUGAUCCCGAAGCGUGUGCACACCAUCUUGAUCUCCACUCAACACAUCGAGGGUGUGUCCAACGAAAAGAUUGCGGAGGACUUGAUGAAUGAAGUCAUCAAGAAGGUUGUCCCGGAGAAGUACCUCGAUGCCGACACCAUCUUCCACUUGAACCCGUCCGGCCGAUUCGUCAUCGGUGGUCCGGAUGGCGACGCCGGUUUGACCGGUCGUAAGAUUAUCAUCGACACUUACGGUGGCUGGGGUGCCCACGGUGGCGGCGCCUUCUCUGGUAAGGACCCGACCAAGGUCGAUCGCUCUGGCGCGUACAUCGCCCGCCAAGUGGCCAAGUCCAUCGUUGCCGCCGGCCUCGCGCGCCGCGCGUUGUUCCAAAUCUCCUACGCCAUCGGCGUCGCUCAACCGUUGUCUAUCCACGUCGAUACCUACGGUUCCGGCAAGAUUCCGGACUCCGAAAUCCUCGAAAAGGUUAAGGAGAAGUUCGACUUCCGUGCGGGUAUGAUUGGCAAGUCCCUCGACCUCAAGCGAGGCGGCAACAAGCGCUACCAAACCACCGCGGCGUACGGUCACUUCGGCCGUGACGACACCGAUGUCUUCACCUGGGAAAAGGUUGUCCCGCUCUAA